AUGGAGUUUGUGCGAUUUGAAGAUGAUGAGGACGACGAUGAUGCAGCGACUCAGUACAUGAUUGAACAAAGUCUGCUGGAGAGCAACAAACAGAAGGGAAGCCUCCGAGCCUCCACGCCACGAGACAGCAGCAGCUCCGGGCCUGAGUCUGCAGACAGCAUCUUCGCUGCUAUAAGACAAGCUAACGAGAAGCUCCUGAAGGAUCUCAUUCUCCGACAGAGAGACGAGUUUUCACAGACGGACAGCCGAGGUUGGACUCCUCUCCAUGAAGCAGCUGCUCGGAGCAACCCGAGCAUCCUGGAGCUCACAUUCACAGUUUCAGGCUCAGCGUCUGUGGAGAGUCGGACUCUUCGUGGUCAGACUCCUCUCUUCCUGGCAGUAGAAGGAGGUCUGAUAGAAAACGCCUCCUUCCUCCUCCAACAUGGAGCCCAGCCGGACAGCGAAGACAGCGACCAGGACUCCCCGCUGCUUGCAGCGAUCCGCUCAGACCGCGCUGACCUGGUGCAGCUGCUGCUGCAGCGGGGCUCCAGGGUGAACCAGGAGGGCUGCCACGGCCGCCGCCCGCUCCACGAGGCCUCACGGCUGGGUAAAGCAGAGCUGGUGACCCUGCUGCUGGAGGCCGGAGCGCCGCCGGACCCUCGCAGCCACUGCGGCCUCACGCCGCUGGCACUGGCCGCUCAGGCCGGACACCUGCAGGUGGUGGAGACUCUGCUGAGGAGAGGGGCGCACGUCCUAUCCCAGGCGCAGGAUGAGGCCUCCAUCUUGUACGAGGCGUCUGCGUCUGGAGAUCCGGCGGUCAUCACUCUGUUGCUGGAGUACGGCGCCGACGCCAAUGUAGCCAAACAGACGGGACACAUGCCGAUCCACCGCGUCGCACACCGAGGACACCUGCAAGUUUUAAAUCUGCUGAUUCCAGUCACUUCUAAAGGAGAAGUCAAUGACAGCGGGAUAAGUCCUCUACACUCUGCUGCUGCAGGAGGACAUGCAAACUGCAUCAAGGUCUUGCUGGAUGCAGGUUAUGACCCCAACUACAUGCUCCAUCCCUGGGCUCAGCGUAGCUAUGACGACGAGAGGAAGUCGGCGCUCUUCUUCGCGGUUUUAAAUAACGACGUGCCGUCAGCCAAAAUGUUGCUGGAGGCCGGGGCCAUGACCAACCAAGACCCAAUCAAAUGUCUGCAGAUUUCACUGCGUGUGGGCAACUAUGAGUUGAUCAACCUGUUGCUGAGGUUUGGAGCCAACGUCAACUAUUACUGCAAAAUAAACACAACUCACUUCCCCUCGGCGCUGCAGUACGCUCUCAAAGACGAGGUGCUUCUCAGGAUGCUGUGUAACUACGGUUACGAUGCGGGACGUUGCUUUGACUGUCCCUACGGCAACGGCUCCCACGUCCCUGAAGACUACGCGGGAUGGAGCGAGACUGUGAUCAACAACACCAUGUUCUGCGAGGUGAUCUCCGUCUCCUGGCUGAAGCACCUCUCAGGUCAACUGGUUCUGGUCCUGUUGGACUACCUGGAUCACGUGACCUUGUGCUCCAAGCUGAAGGCGGCUGUGAUGGAGCAGCAGCAGUGGCCCGACAUCUGCAGGCUGCAAGAAAACGCUCGCUGUCUGCAGCAUCUCUGUCGGCUGCAGGUUCGUCGUUGUCUCGGUCGCCUUCGGCUCAGAUCGCCGGUGUUCAUGAGCUUCGUGCCGUUACCGGAGCGCCUGAAGGACUACAUCCUGUACCGGGAGCACGAGCUGUACGUCAUGCAGAGAGGCACGGCGGGGUGACGAGAGGACCAAAAGUAUUUAACUCGUGUGCAUCCAUUUAAACUAUAUCCGCAUUAAAUUAAAUUAAAUUAAAUAUAUAUAUAGUUACAUUUUCUAACUAACUUUUUAAAUGUUAACCUUUUAUAUUCCAGUUUGUUCACAUAAUGCCACCAUUGUUUUUGUUUUUUUAAACACAAAAAUGUAUUUAUUUGCUGUUUGCUGGUUGUUAAUAUAUGUAAAUUAUUAGCAACAUUGAUUGUGAUUGAUGCCCCGAGUGGAAACCAGGAAAGUUAGCAGGUAUUUGCUAUAAAAAGAAACUCACACCUUUUCCAAAACGUAUGUCACGUGCACGAACACAUCCGAAAAUUAAAAAAGUCCCUAUUGAGACACAAGGAUUAAACAUGCAUAAAUAAAUGUUUUGUAUUUUUCUAUUAAAACGUAUUAAUUUCCUGAAAGACAGGGUUUACUGUUUGUUAUGGUCUAUAUUUAUCACAGAUCAGGAGGAUCAUUUCACAACACAACUGUGCAUUAGAGUUCUUACUUCAUCACAAUGUGAUGCUGCUGAAAUGAAUAAAGGAUUA